AUUACAGCUUUCUUUGUACAACUUAUGUGAGAAUAUAUAGAGGAGAUAUAGUUUGAGUAAAUUCACUGAGUUGGCCCUUCUUUUUGCCCGAGUGGAGUGACAAAAUAAAGAUAAGAUUCUGCGUUCAAACAUGAACCGUUUGUGGCCAUUCGCUUUUCUGGUGCCAGUGAUUUUAGGAGUCGUCAUAUACCAGCUCGACUCGUUCGAUCCGGCCCCGUACCCCGCUCACGAGUUGACUCAGGGGAGCCCGGUGGUGGCCCCGAAGCGUAACGGCCGUUUGCUUCAUGGUUCCGAGAAGAUAGGAGUUGGGCGGCUGUCGGGGCCGGAGGACAUAGCGUACGACCCCAAGACGGGUGUGAUAUACACGGGGUGUGUGGAUGGGUGGGUCAAGCGAGUCACGGUGAACGAGUCGUCGCCUGCUGACUCGGCGGUGGAGGACUGGGUUAACACCGGUGGCAGGCCGCUCGGACUCGCUCAUGGACUUCACGGUGAAGUCAUCGUAGCCGAUGCUGAUAUAGGAUUACUAAAUGUUACCUCGGACGGCAAAGUGCAACUGCUGACAGACGAGGCGGACGGCGUAAAGUUCAAACUUACGGAUGCCGUUGACGUUGCAGAGGAUGGUUUGUUGUAUUUCACAGAUGCGUCAUGGAAAUACAAACUACACGAUUUUAUUUGGGAUUUGUUUGAUGGAAGACCCCAUGGCAGACUUUUAAGCUAUGAUCCACAUACUAAACAGACCAAAGUGUUGGUUAAGGAUUUGUUCUUUGCUAAUGGUGUUGCUGUCUUUCCAGACCAGAGCUUUGUCAUUUUUUGUGAAACCGCAUUGAGGAGGUGUAAGAGGUUCUACCUCAAGGGUGAAAAGAAGGGAUCUGUAGAUGUUUUUAUUGAGAAUUUACCAGGAAUGCCAGACAACAUUCGUUACGAUGGAGAAGGCCUAUUCUGGAUUGCAUUAGCUACAGAAUAUACAUAUUCUUGGGAGCUUGCACAAAAGUACCCAUUGGUGAGGAAGAUUUUGGCAGUGAUGGAGAAGUAUGUAGGGAGGCCAAACAUGGAGAAGAAUGGAGGGGUUUUUGUUGUUGAUUUGGAAGGCAAUCCAGUUGCUCACUACUACGAAAAUGAUUUUACACUCCUCUCAACUGGGAUCAAGAUUGGCGAUUAUAUGUACUGUGGUUUUGUUGUGAAUGGUUUCAUACUUAGGCUCAAUCUCACUCAAAACCCUGCAAUUGCAAGUGGAUGAACAAGAAAUAAUGCCAAUGACUUCAAUUCUGCAAAUUAAAACCCCCACUUUCCAUGUUUCUUCUUAAUUAGUUUAAAUUUUAAAAGGAUCAAAUCCUUUUGUAUUACACUCUUGGCUGGCUGGCUGAGUUAAUGUUGCCACAACUGCAACAGUUGGAUAUUCUAUCAAAGUUGUAAGUUGUAUACUUCAAGAGGAUUAUGGUCAAUUACAUAAUGAUAAGUUGUCUGAGUGUAAAUUA